AUGGAAAAUUUAACCAUGCCCGUCGGCACAAAUCCACCAUGCAACCACAGCAUGGACUUCUAUUAUUUCAGUUCAUUUAACCGGACUGAUUUAAACUGCACGCCUCCGGCAGACUUCUUCUUUUAUGCAGAUUUAUAUGUCGUUCUACCAGUGAUUUACUCGGUGAUAUGUGCGGUGGGACUGACUGGUAAUACCGCCGUCAUCUAUGUAAUCCUCAAAGCCCCCAAAAUGAAGACAGUCACCAACAUGUUUAUUCUGAAUUUGGCGAUAGCCGACGACUUGUUCACUUUAGUUUUGCCCAUAAAUAUUGCUGAACAUCUCUUACACUACUGGCCUUUUGGAGAAGUGCUGUGCAAGAUCAUCCUAAGCAUUGAUCACUACAAUAUCUUCUCUAGCAUUUACUUUUUAACGGUUAUGAGUGUCGACCGUUAUUUGGUGGUGUGGGCAACGGUGCGGUCCAAACGAAUGCCAUAUCGUACAUACCGGGCAGCAAAGAUAGUUAGCUUGUGUGUUUGGGUCCUAGUGAUUCUCAUCGUCAUGCCAUUUACAGUGUUCGCAGGUGUCUACAUCAGUCCUGACGACUCUGAACGGAAAAGCUGCGUUCUUAGUUUUCCCAGUCCUGAAAGUUUAUGGUUCAAGGCCAGUCGGAUUUAUACUCUCAUACUUGGCUUCGCUAUUCCCGUAUCCACGAUUUGUAUCCUUUAUACAAUGAUGCUGUACAAGCUGAGGAACAUGCGUCUAAACACCAAUGCCAAAGCGCUUGACAAAGCGAAGAAGAAAGUUACUAUUAUGGUGUUUAUUGUGCUUGCGGUGUGUCUCUUCUGUUGGACGCCUUUUCAUCUGAGCACCAUUGUGGCUCUAACCACAGACCUGCGGACCACCCCACUCCUUAUCGGAAUCUCCUACUUUAUCACCAGCCUCAGCUACGCAAACUCUUGUUUAAACCCGUUUCUCUACGCCUUUUUGGACGACAGCUUCAGAAAAGCGUUCAAGAAAAUGUUAGAAUGUCGACCUGCUUGA